GUGCCGCGCGAGAGCAUCCGCCGGCGGAUGCGGCCGACCGGUGACGGGCUGAUGACGGCCUCGGCCGGCCUGCGGUUCACGGCGCGGCGUCAUCACUUCAAGACGGGAGUCAUGCAGCUCAAGUGUGCAGCCAUGCUCGGCGACGUCUACUGGGAGAGCGCCCAGGUGGAGCUGCCCCUCUGGACCGAGGACGGCCCGAACACCGGCGGCGGCCGCUCGUCCGGGACCGGAGCGGUCGCCACCACAGACCGCCACCUGUCGACCGUGCUGCUGGUGACCCUGCUCGUGACAAUGACCCCACGGCUCUGCUGACCUCGGGUCAAGGUCAUCGCGAGCCGUCCCGCCGCCAGCAGGGCGCUGCUCAUGCUUCGUUGUUACUGUGCCGCUUGUGAUAUGGAUAGGCCGGGGGCUAUGAUUGGAUGUUUCAGGUGCGCAGGAUGAUGUAAAUACAUAUGCAUGUAAAUCGUCUGUGUUCGUAAAAAAGGGCCGUUUUAGAAGUAUUUACAUUUGGUUGCAACUAGCAUGGAUUAUGAGCGCGCGUUGAACGUCAAUGAAACGGCAGAAAGUCCUGAACAUCUCUGCUGUAAUCUGACGCGCUAGUUUAAAUCAGAGGCAGCGUAAAGUAGAUGUACCUGCUGCUGGGUCGUCUGCCCUUGUGGCUGACGGAGGUGGCAGGACAAGGACCUCAGCUGGCGACCUGAACGUCUUUUGAUCUGAAAUCGAUACCGAAUCCUUGUCUCUGAGAGCAAGUCAAGUUAAAUAGGAAAAAUUUUAGGGACGGAGAGAAAGCUGUGGAACGAGGGAGGAGAUGCAGUAUGUGUAGGAGAAGCAUCGGCUGAAAUGUUGGGAACAGGUGGGAUCCGGCAGCUCUGUGACCUGAAAAUGUUAACUGAAAACAUGAGAAAAAAGUGAAUUUAAAAAUUGAGAAAAAUUAGUGAUGAAACUGACGUAUCGGAACAAUGAACUCGCGUACAUCAUGAAGAAUACUUUUCUCCGUCCAACGUUCUGGAAAUUCAUAUUUUACGCAGUCACCACGUCAAAUAGGAUGCGACAACAGCGUACCUGAUCGAUGCAUCACUUUCCAAGUGCAUCUGCCGGGUUGGUAGGAUACGGUUUCAAUGCAGUUGGUUCCCUUGGCACUGGUUCCAUGCAGUUGGGAAUUCGGGGAUUUGUCGUUUGCCUUGCCCGAUGUAGAAUGUUUAAAGUAUCAACAUAGAUGUGACCAGGCGCAUUGAUACACCCAGACCAAUUCGCGUUUUUUAAAAUAUCUUGAACCAGGUUCGUUAAAAAAUAUAUUGACUGGUAUGUUACACCUGGAAACAACCAUAGACAAAUUCCCAAGAUCACAAAUAGCGCAGCUCCAGCAUCUAACAAUAUUCCAUGCACAGUGACAUCACAUGUGUGUCCUAAUGCAAUAGCACCUACUGCUUCGUCUUGACUUACAGAGACUCGUUUGGGCCUCAGUCAUCCCGUCUGUAGCAUCGUAUGCGUACCAUACACAGGAUUCACAAA